AUGGACGCACAUUUUGAACGCCGUCUUCUGUUAUCAAUGAACGGUAUGAGUUCUGUAAAUUCUUCACCAUUCAAAAGUCCAAUUCAAUCACCAGUAAAAGCAAGUGACCGUUAUAUUCCAUUACGUUCUUCACAUUCAGCAACAAAUCUGCAUUUUGACACAUCGAUAUCUCCACAGAAUGGUUGUGCGUCCUCAUCGGUAACAGUAUCACCAAAAAAAAGAAAAUAUGAACAAAAUCAGGCUGGUCAUGGCGUGGGAGUGACAGGAAGUGAACCAGAUUUAGCUAUAUAUCGUCAAUUAUUGAAAAAUACAUUAUUAAACACGAAUGUUGAUGUUUUAAAAACAUCUGAUAUUCAAAAUGAGUGUGUGAAGUCAAUACCAAUCACAACAAAUCAUCCUUCAACGACACCUGACGAAAAUGUUUCAUUAUCAUCCUUAGGUUCUUCUAUAUUUAAAUAUUCGAAACGCGUGGAAAAUCCAUCACCAACAUUGACAAUAAACAAAACACAUUUUAGUCAUUCACCACUCUCAUCGACUAAUUUACAUUUAUUAUAUUCACCGAAAAAAACCGUUCGACGUAUACCAAAAAUUCCCUAUAAAGUACUAGAUGCUCCCGAUUUACAAGAUGAUUUCUAUCUGAAUCUUAUUGAUUGGUCGCAAACAAAUGUUUUAAGCGUGGGAUUGGGUUCAUGUGUUUAUCUAUGUAAUGCUCAAACAAAUAAUGUGACAUUACUAUGUGAUUUAACACAGUCUCAAAUACAAAAUUCAAAUUAUAUGAGUUUACAUCAACAACAUCAAUCAGAUAGUGUAACAUCGGUGUCCUGGGCUGAUAGAGCUCAUUUAUUAGGUGUUGGUACUCACCGUGGUCACGUUCAUAUUUACGAUGUACAAACUCAAAAACGUGUUCAAACAAUCUCAAAACAUAGUAGUCGUGUUGGUACACUAGCAUGGAAUGAUUCGACAUUAUGUUCGGGUUCUCGUGAUCGUUCAAUAAUUGAACAUGAUAUUCGUACAUCGACUACAGUUCACAUGUUUCAUGGUCACACUCAGGAAGUUUGUGGAUUAAAAUGGUCAACAGAUAAAUGUAUUUUGGCAUCGGGUGGUAAUGAUAAUCGUCUAUUAUUGUGGAGUAAUACACAUCAGACAAAUUAUUUACAAUCAUUCAAUGAUCAUUUAGCGGCAGUUAAAGCCAUAGCAUGGUCACCUCAUCAACAUGGUCUCUUGGCUAGUGGUGGUGGUACGGCAGAUCGUCAUAUUCGUUUUCGUUCAUCGUUAACAUGUCAAACACUAAGUGUGUGUGAUACAGGCUCUCAAGUAUGUCAGUUAAUAUGGUCAAAAAAUUCACCAAAUGAAUUAGCUAGUACUCAUGGAUUCUCACAAAAUCAAAUUGUUGUAUGGAAAUAUCCGACUAUGCAACCAUUAGCUAAAUUAUUUGGACAUCAACAACGUGUGUUAUAUUUAUCAAUGAGUCCAGAUGGUGAAUCAAUCGUAACGGGAGCCGGAGAUGAGACACUUCGUUUUUGGAAUGUAUUUGCUAAAUCAAAGUGUGUUCGAAAUCCAGAUAGUAAAUUGAAUAGUUUAAAUCGUAUGAGAUAA